UAGAUUAGUAGAAAUCAGAGAAGAAAAACGUGAGCGAACGCAGGUUUGCGGGUUUGCUUGUUAACACGUGCUGAUACAUCGUGAAAUAGAAAAUAUUUAUUGAAAAUGUCGGAGUCAGAAAAAAUGGACGUUGACGUAAGCAUUGUUAAGGACGAAUCUAAUGAAAUGACUUACGAAGAAAAACUACGGUUUGUGAGUGUUAUCGCUAAACCGAUGGCACCCAAAAAGUUAGCAAAAAAAAUUACCAAGUGUAUAAAGAAAGCGUCCAAGCACAAAACGUACUUACGCAAUGGUUUAAAAGACGUUCAGAAGCAUCUGCGGAAAGGUGAAACAGGGUUAGUUGUCUUUGCUGGAGACGUACAUCCUAUAGACAUCAUGUGCCACUUACCGAUAGUAUGUGAAGACAAAAACAUUCCUUAUUGUUUCAUUCCAUCCAGACUGGAUCUUGGUGCAGCAAUGGGUGUAAAACGUGGCAGUCUUAUGGUGAUGAUAAAAGAACAUGAAAGUUACAAGGAACUUUAUGAUGAAGUUAAAGUUACUAUGAUGACACUUUCUGCACCUUUAUAGUUUUAUAAAGUUUUAUAAAGUGUGUGAUAUAUUUAGUUUGUAUCUUAAUUUGUACAUUUUACUU